AUGUGGGGGAGAGAUAUAGUUCCAGCAGAGAUUGUUAUCAGGGCAUAUCGAGAGGCUGAGGAAUGGGUUGAGGCGCAAGUAAUAGAGAAUGAGAUGAUCAAUGCAGAGAGCGCCAACCUGAAACCGGAAAAAGCCAAGUGGAAGCCACCGGAGAAAGGGUGGAAAAUGUGUAAUGUGGGUUUUGAUUGGAACAAAGAAAAAAGUCUAGCAGGUGGUGGUUGGGUAGUGCGCAACGAGAGAGGAGUUGUCCAAUGUCACAGUAGAAGAGCUUUUAGCAAUAUUCGGUCUGUUGAUGAGGCUAAGUUUGCGGUGAUAUUGUGGACACUUGAAAGCAUGAAGAGUCAUAGGAUGACUAAAAUUAUUGUUGCAGGGGAGUUUGGAGAUUUUUUUGGAGCAGUUGAACGGCCUCAAGCGUGGCCAUCUUUCUGUUUUCAGGCAGGAGAGAUUGAGAUGGGAAGAUCUCUAAUUGUUGACUGUAGGUUUUUGGUGGUUAGAAAAGAAGCUAACAGAGGAGCUAUUUUCAUUGCACAAAGUGUCACGAAACAGAGGUUGGUAAGAUCGUAUGUUCAGUGUGGUCAUCCUUCGUGGCUUUUUGAGUUCUUUGUAAAUGAAAGUCGUGGCCUCUGA